CUCCUCUAUCCCUCUCUCCGGGAAAAAAGAUCACAUUAAUAACGAAUAACGAAAACAACGGUAUUUAAUUUCAUUGAUUAGAUUUGCUGAAAUUUUUGCGAGAAGUGUUUCUAUGUAUAGGGAGGCCAUGAGGCGGACGGUGGUUGGACCGUCGGCGGUUGUGUCUUAUGGGCUGAAAGAUGCGAGCAGUUGGUGGGAACGAGUUAACGAGUCCAUCGUUUGGCAAGAUCGUAUAUUUCACAUCCUCGCUGGACUCUAUGGAAUCGUCGCCGUGGUUGCUCUGGUACAAUUGAUUCGGAUACAAUUGAGAGUGCCUGAGUAUGGUUGGACUACGCAAAAAGUCUUCCAUUUUCUCAACUUCUUCAUCAAUGGAGUAAGAUCGUUAGUUUUUAUAUUCCGUCGAGAUAUUCAGAAGUUGCAACCAGAGAUUCUCCAACACAUCUUGCUCGAUAUGCCAAGUCUUUUGUUCUUCACAACCUAUGCGCUUUUGGUUUUGUUCUGGGCAGAAAUAUACUACCAGGCACGUGCUGUGUCAACUGAUGGACUCAGACCAUAUUUCUUUGCAAUUAAUGGGGUUGUGUAUGCCAUUCAGGUGAAAAUUCUUGUCCAUAAUUCCAUAUCAAUACCAGCAAAGGAGAAUAAUCUAUGUUUGUAG